CCCUCUCGCACGUGAUUUUCCCGACUGAAAUUCUUUCCUCCUCCUCCUCUCCUCCCCCCUGGAGGAGCAAUUCCUCAGGUUUUUCGGCUAGUCGGGCAGUGUGACCCGCGCCCUCGUCAUCACCACGUGGUAGCACGCUAAAUUGUCUAAUAAUAGUCCCCCUCCCCUCUCUCCUUCUUCCACCCCUCUGUCGCCGAAAUAAAUUAAAAACUGGUUCAGUUGUUGUUCGCAUGCUGCCGUCAUGCGUACGUCCCUCGUGCCCUUAGCCGUGAAGGCCCUUAGUCCCAAGGGACUUCAGAAUAUUAUCCUGAGGAUCUCCAAAAAUGGCGCACCAGAUUUCGCCAGGGACUACACCUCGACGAUCCAUGUCACCGGACGCCGGAUCACUCGUGAUAAAAUGCAACUUCAUUAUGAAAAAAUGAAGGAAAAAUGUCAAUCAAAAAAAUUACCUCAAGACGUAAACCCACGAGGUGUAUUCGCCUGCAACGAAUUGGACCUUAAAGAGGUACAAGUCUACGGAUUUGAUUAUGACUACACUCUAGCCUGCUAUAAACCAUCCCUGGACUAUCUUCUAUAUAAUCUCGGUCGUGAUGAACUCAUAAAGAAGUACAAGUAUCCAGAGGAAAUCGCUGGAUUGGAAUACAGAGAGGAUUUUGCCGUACGUGGUCUUCACUAUGACAUUGAAAAAGGCCUCCUGCUGAAGCUCGAUAGUUUUCUACAGAUCCAACUUGGCACUGUCUAUCGUGGACUACAUCCGGUUCCGGACGAUGAGGUUCUCAGAAUAUACAAAAACCGGAUCAUACCGAUUGCUUAUGUCGAACAACAUAAACACUCUCACGAUGGACCACAUCGACAGAAAAUGGUGCAGCUAGCCGAUCUGUUCUCUGUACCGGAGAUGGGCCUCCUCUGCAACGUUACAGAAUACUUCAUUCGUAAUGGCAUUGAUUAUCAUCCCGAGAUUCUAUUCAGGGACGUGAAGAAUUCAGUCCAAGCAUGCCACCCAAUAAUGCACCAAAUGGUGUCGAGGGACGUCAGCGAAUAUUUGGAGCCAAACAAAGACCUCAGAAAAUUCUUCGAUCGUCUGGUCUCCGCAAAAAAGAAAAUGUUCCUCGUAACAAACAGCCCGUUCCACUUUGUCGAUAAAGGCAUGAAGUUUCUUGUCGGCGAUGACUGGAGGAAUUAUUUCGACGUUGUGAUAGUACAAGCGAGAAAGCCGAGGUUCUUCACGGAUGAAACGAGGCCUCUCAGGAUAUACGACCAGACACAACAGACACUUCUGUGGGAUCGUGUUACAAAGUUAGAAAAAGGUGUCGUUUAUCUGGAAGGAACCGUUAAACAGCUGCAAGACAUGACUGGUUGGAGAGGACAUCAGGUACUUUACUUCGGUGAUCAUCCGUACAGUGACUUGGCUGAUGUGACAUUGGAGCACGGAUGGAGAACGGGAGCGAUAAUCAAGGAAUUAACACACGAGAUUGAAAAUUUGAAUGAGCCAUCCUUCAAGGAGAACGCUAAUUGGCUGCAAAUGCUCACGGCACUGAUCGAGGAUCAUCAGGAUUAUGACGGGCCCGAGGUCCAGGGGCAGCUCGACGAGUGGAUGUGCGAACGGGAUCAGAUAAGGAACGAGAUAAAACGAGUAUUCAAUCAGCAGUUCGGCUCGGUCUUCAGGACUUAUCACAAUCCAACUUAUUUCUCGAGACGACUCUUCAGGUUCGCGGACAUUUAUAUGAGCUCCAUCACAAAUCUGCUUUACUACUCGACGACACACACGUUUUAUCCGCGACGGGGCGUCAUGCCGCACGAGUACAUGAGCUACUUCAUGUGAAUUCGUUCGAUUUUUUUUCAAUCUCAUGAAACAGUAAUUUAUCCAAGAAAAUAAAUUAUUUUCACUCGGCGAUUUCAUUCAAUUUAAUUUUUUUUUUCAUUCAAUUCAUCUUUCGCGUUCGAUUGACAUGUCAGGUCUUUUUUAUUUGUCAUGAAUAAAAUGAGAGGAAUCAAGUAUUACAACGAUGUUUUAGUCAAUAGAUAAUAACUACUGUACGAUACUCAAUGUUCAAAUGUCCGAAGACAUUAGAAUUGUUCUGUAGUGACUUGAGGAGACUAAAUAAUCGCACAUUAAGAUUAUAGAUAAGCGACUAGAAAAUAUUCCUAAAAGGGAUUACACUGCUGUUGAAGUAUUAAAGAGGGGACUAAAAAAUUGUAUUUUUAUUUUUGUCCCUUCAAUGUUCAUAAAUCAAUUUCUCAAUAAUAUUGAAGUGCUGGAUAACUGAAAAAAUAUCCUGUAUUUUCUGUUCACGUAGUGUGUUCAUAAAUAACGCAGGGAAGUUAGACAAUAACAGAAUGAUCCGAAUGAAAUUAUGCGGCGACGUGAAUGAUGAAUAAAAUUAAUGAGAAUUUUCAAAACAGAA